AUGGCUCCCAUUGCUGCGAGGUGGUUGGCUACCGCCGCGCCAAUGGGUGGUGGUAGCCAGCGGAAGGAGGGAUCCAUCGCCGACGUGUUCGCUUCCCUCUCCGACACCGCGGAGCCCUUUCCAGCAAGGUUUGCAGAGCUCAAGAAGCAACUCUGGAAAGACGAACUUGUAGAGAGUUGGAGACAAGUGCUCCGGGACCUGAAGGAAGAGGUGGAAGUGAUUGCACAGAAACAGCAGGACGCUAUACCACAGGUUUCGUUCAGGGAGAUGGAGAAAGGCCUUAGUGCAAAUCAGAUUGCCGCAGUGAAGAAGGCGGGCUCGGAAGCACUUGCUUGGAAGCAGUCCAUUAUCGACUACGCUUCCGCGAAUAAACCUCUGGUGAAAGGGUUCCCACCGGACAACAUACAAUUCUUCGAAUUGUACAACUCCCCGGCCCAGAUCCAAGCCCGCACCCACCCGGCUCUAAUCAAAACCCAAACGUUCCUGCUAUCUCUUUGGCACACCUCUAACCCGUCCUCUCCCGUCAGCCUUACAACGCCCAUCUCGUACUUCGACCGCCUGCGCAUCCGGUACCCGGACCCCAAAGAUGACUGGGGAACACGGGGUCUGGGUCCGCACAUCGAUGGCGGGUCGAUUGAGCGAUGGGAAGACCCGGGCUUCCGGAGCUGCUUCGGGCGGAUACUAGAAGGCGGCGACAGGUGGAGAUUGCAUGAUCCGUUCGACGCUACUCCCAGAUUGAGCGCGAAGCAGGAUCUCUAUGAGGCCCCUAACCAAUGUACGGUUUUCCGUGCCUGGCAGGGGUGGACGUCCAUUUCUACCACUGGUCCCGGCGAGGGCACUCUACGCGUGCUUCCCAUGUUGUCACUCUCUACCGCCUACAUUCUCCUUCGACCGUUCUUCAAGCCUACGCAAUUUAUCGCUUCAUCGGACGGGAAGAACGUGCCCUCGCUUGAGGCAGACGACUGGGUCCCGGAUCUCGAGAGCCCCGAGUUUCCCGGGAGCAGGCUAGGGAAGACGCAGGAAAUGAACGUCGGCACCCAUCCACACCUGCAGCUGGCUCGCACGAUGGUAUCCGUCCCGACCGUCGAGCCGGGCGACCAAGUCUACUGGCACUGCGACGGCGUGCACGCUGUCGAGUCCCGCCACGCCGGGAAAGGGGAUUCAUCCGUCAUGUAUAUCCCUGCUGUACCACUUACCUUAUACAAUGCACAGUACCUCGAUAAACAGCGAGAAGCAUUUUUACUAGGGCUUCCACCAUCAGACUUCCCCGGAGGCGAAGGCGAAUCGAGGUUCAAAGGCCGAGCGAUACCGGAAGAUGUAAGAAACGUCGAGGGAUGCCGCAUCCUGGGUCUCGCACCCUUCGAUGUACCGCAGGACGCCACCGAAGGAGCUCGAAUGGUGAUUGAGGAGGCUAAUAGUAUUCUCUUUUAAGACUACGCAGACACCGUUCUACGGAAUUCAGCGCGUCUGAGGCAGAAACACAGGGUCGUAUCGGUUACGAGUGCACACCCUACAAAUUAUUCGAAAUACCAUGUAUCCGGUACACUAACAUCAUUGGAUUCGUACAACAAUGCGAUGGCGAU